CGCAUCAUCCCGUAUGGCUGUCCACCGACUUGCGGGACGGCAACCAGGCCCUCUCUCGCCCUAUGACUGCAGACCAGAAGCUGCGCUUCUUCCGCCACCUGGUGCAGUGUCGUUUCAAGGAGAUCGAGAUCGGAUACCCGGCCUCAAGCGACACGGAAUUUAACUUUGUUCGCCGACUAAUCGACGACGGCGAGAUUCCAGACGACGUCUGGAUUCAGGUGAUGACCGCCGCCCGUGCAGAGUUGAUCGGUCGUACCUUUGAGGCCACUGCCGGGGCUCGUCGAGUUAUCAUCAGCCUCUUCAAUUCGACGGCACCAUGCUUCCGCGAGGUCGUGUUUCGCAAGAGCAAAGAAGAGAUCAUCGAUUUGGCAGUGCGACAUACGAUCAUUGUGCGCCAGCUCGCCGACGAAUACCGCGAUCGCUAUGGCACUCGGUUUAGACUCGUGUAUGGCAUCGAAGCGUUCUCCCAGACAGAGCCAGAGUACGUCAUCGAGAUCUGCAGCGCUGUAAAGCGUGCGUGGGGAUUAGCCGGGCCAGGCGGUGACCGCAUCAUGUACAAUCUGCCGUCUACGGUCGAAAUGGGUCCUCCCAACCAUUAUGCCGACCAGGUGAGUAAACUACUGCCCUUCGAGCUCCUCUUCACCUUGUUGCGCAAUAGAUAGAAUACUUCUGCAAGCACAUCCCUGACAGAAACGAAGUCAUGGUCAGUCUCCACUGUCACAACGACAGGGGUACCGCGGUGGCUGCGACCGAGCUCGGACUGCUCGCCGGUGCCGACCGAGUCGAGGGCUGCCUUCUAGGGAACGGAGAACGGUCAGGCAACGUAGACCUCGUCACCGUCGCACUCAACAUGUACACGCAAGGCGUGCCCUGCGGACUGGACUUCAGCAAUAUACAAU